GAACAAUGAAAAACGUAAAGAACGUUCUCGAGAUGCCGCCAGAUGUCGUCGUUCUCGUGAAACUGAAAUCUUUACCGAAUUGGCACAAGUUUUACCCUUGAAAAAAGAAGAUGUCCAACAGCUAGACAAAGCCUCGGUUAUGCGUAUAGCCAUAGCCUAUUUGAAAGUGCGCGAUAUGUUAAAAAUGUUUCCCAAAAUCCAAGAACUACUCGGUGAUUUACAACUCUCUGACAACAAUACAAGUGAGGAAAACUCUGAUUCAUCAGCUGAUACUUCUGCUCUCAAUAGCACUUUAGAUUCUAAUGAUUCUUGUACACAAUCUUCUCAAAUCUCUGAAGAUUCUAAUCAGCAAACUGCUGUGGAAGCUGUACAACCCAUAGAGACUACAGCUUUAACCCCGGCAAAUGGCAAAAGUGCUGCUGCAGCCGAAGAUUUUAGUAUGUUGCUUAAACAAACCUUAGAUGGUUUCUUAUUGAUCUUAUCCAAUGAUGGUGAUAUUACCUAUGUUAGCGGUAAUAUCAGUGACUAUUUGGGUUUGUCAAAGAUUGAUAUUUUGGGUCAACAAAUUUGGGAAUAUGCCCAUCAAUGCGAUCAUGCUGAGCUUAAGGAGGCUCUCAAUAUUAAACGCAACGGCUUGACCGAUAAAGUUAAAGAUGAACAUCUUUUGGAGGAGGGCAUCUCUACCGAUCAUCGUGAUUUAUUUGUGCGCUUAAAGUGUACCAUUACUAGUCGUGGUCGUAGUAUCAAUAUUAAAAGUGCUUCUUAUAAGGUUAUUCAUAUAACUGGUCAUUUGGUGGUUAAUACAAAAGGUGAUCGUGUCUUAGUGGCCAUGGGUAGACCCAUACCACAUCCUUCUAACAUUGAAGUGCCCUUGGGAACCUCUACCUUCUUGACCAAACAUUCAUUGGACAUGAAAUUUACCUAUGUGGAUGACAAAAUGUUAAAUUUAUUGGGUUAUAAACCAGAAGAUUUACUAGAAACAUCUUUAUUCAAUUGUCAUCACGGUAUGGAUUCUGACAGUUUAAUGACAACUUUUAAAAAUG